GUCUCGGCCCCUCCCCUGACGCCGCACCUGCAUUUGAACUCUUUCAUUCCACCUCCGUGAGGCGCGGUGCCGGGGGUGGAGUUUGACCCAGCUGUUCUAGGAACAUUAAGUCUGUGUGCGUAGUUGGCACAUCCGCCGUACGCUGCACUCUGUCAGUACGCAGUUUUUAAUUUUUGGAAGCUGAUUUGAACAAUCCGCUCACGGGAAGGGCACCGAUCUGGGAAGAUGAUGGCUCCGGAACCGCUGCGAUCAGCGAUGGCCGUCGGGUACGCGGAGGACACGUCGCUCGCGGUGCCCUCCGACGACAAGCUGCGCUCGGGACAACAGCGCGUGCUGGAUCAGGUGCACACCAUCAAGAGGAGCAAAUCCAAAAUGGGGAGGAACGGCUCGCUGUCUCCUUCACCUACAAGCCUGACUCCACCGGCUUUGAUAACAUAUAACGAUUUUGGAUCGUUCAGGUUUUCACCAUCCAAAGCAAAUGGCACCUUCAGCCGGACCAACUCGGCUAUGUCAUCAGGCUACAAAGUGGUAAACACUCAGAAAAGUCGCACACAAUCCUCUAAAAACCUGGGAGGAAGACAUCUCAGCACCUCAGGCUUACAGCAGAUCAACAAUUCCAGUUGGGCCCAGAGUCCCAAUGGGCUGAAACCCAGUCGCAGUGACCCUGCAUUGGUUCCACUGUCUUCUUUUGCUACUGUACCUGCACCUGUUAUGAGAGGCAAAGGGCAGACCAUCCAGAAUCGAGUAAGUAGAUACAGCACCGUUUCUGUGACCGAUGGCCAGACACGCAACAUCCAGCCACCCUUUGCCCAGUCCAACACUGAGGGCAGGAUGGGUACUAUGAAAAUAUCAGCUGCAAACAGUGCAAUGUCCGACUUGACUCUAAAGGAGGCUGUAGAGUUCCUCUCCUCCGCUGAAGAGAAAUACCAGCAGUGUGGAGCAACCUUCAUCCAACAUGCCACCUUCAAAGAGGACCGCGCCAAACAGGAGGUUUUCCAGCUACGAGGCAUCCCUGGUCUCGUCACGCUGCUGCGGAGCUCCAGCCCUGAGGUGAGCCAGGCUGCUGCUGGGGCUCUGAGGAACCUGGUGUUUAAGGACCAGAACAACAAGCUGGAGGUUCAGCACUGUGGUGGUAUAGCUAAGGCCCUGCAGCUACUAAAGGAGACAGAUUCUACUGAGACUCAGAAACAAAUCACAGGCCUGCUGUGGAACUUGUCCUCUGCUGAUGAGCUGAAGGAAGAACUUACAGCAACAGCUCUGCCAGCCCUGACUGAGAAUGUGGUGGUGCCAUUCACCUGCUGGUCAGAUAACAGCACGCACAACAACAUACACCCUGAUGUCUUCUUCAACGCCACAGGGUGCCUGCGGAACCUGAGCUGUGCAAAACAGAGGGAGAGGAGGGCAAUGAGAGACUGCCAUAACCUUAUUGACUCCCUCAUGAUUUACAUCCAGUCCUGCGUGGCAGAGGAAAACCCUGAUGACAAGUCUGUGGAGAACUGUGCAUGCAUUCUCCAUAACCUGACCUACCAACUGGAGACCGAGUCCCCUGAGUGCUUCAGCAAGUUCCACCUUCAAAGAGAGGGCCAGUCUGGGAGUAAGAAAAGCCCCACCAUUGGAUGCUUUAGCCCCAAGAGCAGCAAAGCUCAGAAGGAGUUUUUGUUUGAUGCAGUUCGAGCAAUGCCAGACGACAGUGUCCCAACAGGUGUAAAGUGGUUGUGCCAUCCUAAAGCUAUGCAGACCUACCUGUCUCUGCUGGGAACAUCCCAGAAAGAUGGCACCCUGGAGGCCUGCUGUGGUGCCCUCCAGAAUCUCACUGCCAGCAAGGAAAUGGGGUCCACUGCCAUGAGCCAGAUACUGGCUCAAAAGCUGGGGGCCCUGCUGUACAUGCGCCCUUUGCUAAAGUCACCCAACCCCAGCCUGCAGAAGACUGCCAUGACCCUGCUGGGUAAUAUGUCUCGAACCAGCAGCUUGCAGACCUCCAUGGUAAAGCAGAUUCUGCCUGAUCUUACCACCCUGCUCUCCUCUGGCCCCCGGGAAAUGGGAAACUCUGAUGAAACUAUAGCAACAGCUUGCAGCACAGCACGGACUCUGAUGUUGGCAGACACUGAGAUCAGCAAGAAGGUCAUUACUCAGGAGCUAGUCUCGUCAAUGGCUGACUUGAGCGAGAAUGCGUCUUUCCCCAAAGGAAGCAAAGCAGCCUCACUGCUGCUUUACACUUUAUGGAACGAGAAGAAUUUGCAAGGUGUUGUGAAAAAGCUGGGGCUAGCCAAAUCACUUUUUGUCAAUGAUAGCACCACAGCAGUUCACAAAUUGGCACAAGUUAUCGAUUGAGUGUGACAGGCGAGUGGAACAGCGCCAUGCAGCCACAGAGAUGGAAACCAGCAUGUUUUGACACUGCUGUGGUCACACCCUGCAACCAGGAGAGUAAAAUUCUUCAAACAAUAACCUUGUUGAAAGAGCCUAUCAAUCAUACGUUGCACAUGCAAUAGAGAAAAGAGCUUUUAAGCACAUGUAUAAUCCUUAUGUGUUGUAUAUAUUUAAUUUGCUUAUGUUUCUGUUUAUGUAUAUAAACAGGUGAGUGUGUUCUUGGUAGGUUAAGUGUGUGUGCGUGCAAGUGUAUGUGCUGAAAGCCAGUUCAUAAGGCCUAUAAAAAAUAUAUAUGAGGAAAGGAAAAAAGAGAAAACAGUUCAAGAAUGAAAAACUUGGUUUUUGCAAGAAAUGCUACAGUUCUAAUGUUUAAAAUGCAGUUUAAUAGAUUUGUUUUGUUGCUGUUUUUCAGUUUUAUGUUUAAUUCUGUCAUUCAAAUUUGUUUUAUAAAGUUAUCAAAUAUACAUAUACACAUAUAUGAACAGAAACUGCUUUCACAAAGAGUGCCCACAUGGCUUAAGGAAUAGUUUGAACUUUUGGGAAACAAGCUUAUUGGCAUCAUCGUGAGGAGUUAGAUAAGACCACUGAUACCACUCUCAUGUGAGUCAGAGAGUAAAUACAGCCAGGAGCAAGGUGGCUUAGUGUACUGUAGCACAAAGACUGAAAAUAGGGAAACAGCUAGCCUGGCUCUGUCCAAAGGUAACAAAAUCCACCUAUGGUAGAUUACUCACAUGAUAAGACGUGUUUGUUUAAUUUGUACAAGAACCCAAGUGUUAAAAUAUUUUACAGGGGUUUCAUAAAACCCUGUUUUUACACUUAUUUUUAUGUGGCUUAACCAGGAUGCAAUGUCCUAAUUAAUGGAAUUACAUUACCUUAUUAGAGAGGUGGGUUAACCGUUUGCUCCUGUUUUUCGCCUUUACGCUAAGGUAAUCACUCGCAAGAGCCUCACUUUUGAUAUCAGUCUUCAAAUCUAACUUUUGUUGAGCUACCAAACAUAUCAUCCAAAAUGUCAAACUACACAUUUGAAGUGCAGAACUGCCUUGUGCUGUUAUGUUGCUUUUUAUUAACUUGCCUGUUGAAAUUUAGAAAUUCUGUUAAGCAUUGUUUUUUCACUGUUGCUUCUUUUGUUGCAUAAACUGAAGAAUUGGAUACAGAGAAGGACUUAGGAUAUGACAUGUAACACCUGCAUGCAGCUGGUACUCAUUCACUUUGAUUUGAUCAUUUUGGCCGUUCACCUUUGGAUCAAUAGAUCAUAUGUAGUCACCAGUAGAAAAAGCUUAUGAGUAAAAUUUAAAAAUUUUCAGCAGUUGACACACAGUAUCCACACAGUCAGUGUUAGCUGGUUCUUUCUUCUGUUUCAAGAGAACGCAGGAGAUAAAAAAGGGGCUGUGCCCUGCAACAUAAAAAUGAAUUAUUAUUUGUGUGCACCACCUCAGGUGAGAGGUAUUGAUUGAAAUAUACAUGCAAAAAUGUGAUUUGUUUAAAAACUGUUGUAGUUCUUCAUCUAAUUCUUUUACAGUAUAAUUCUUGCUACUUUGCUUAUAAAGUUUUAAGGGGUGUUACAGGGCAUCGGCUCUCAUAACCAAACUGCAGUGUUGUUUACUUAAAACAGGUUUUGAAUCUUCUCAAAACUCAAGUGCUUUUUGAAAAUCCAGAGGUGAGAUGGUUGGCAAAUGUGGUGAUUCCCCAUGGUCCCACAGUGUAGUGCAGUGGACUGUUAUAAUUGAGACAUGUAGUCACUCGGGGGUUUAUUUACCUCAGAGAAGCUUGAUGUCAGUAUUGCCUAGAAUGUAUUUUUGGAGAAUUGUGUGUGUGUGCGCUAUACAAUUAGGAGCAUUCACUGUCAGUCUGUACAGAGAAUAAAUAACAUAUGCAUACAA